AAUCACACUGCCUCUAGUCUCUAUUCCGAACCUAUCUCCCGCAAUUUCUCUCUCCUCUGUAAUUUCAAAACCUUCAAUUCAAUCUAUUUCAAUGGCCCCCAAAGCAGGCAAGAAGCCAGCAGAGAAGAUUCCAGCCGGUGCCGAGAAGAUGCCGAAAGCCGAGAAGAAGCUUCCGAAAGAAGCAACAGCAGCAGGCGGCGUUAAGAAGAAGAGAUCAAAGAAGAGUGUAGAAACCUACAAAAUCUACAUCUUCAAAGUUCUGAAACAAGUUCACCCCGAUAUCGGAGUCUCGAGUAAGGCGAUGAGUAUAAUGAACAGCUUCAUCAAUGACAUUUUUGAGAAGCUUGCUCAAGAAUCUGCUCGUCUUGCUCGAUACAACAAGAAGCCCACCAUCACUUCUCGUGAGAUUCAGACUGCUGUUAGGCUUGUUUUGCCUGGUGAAUUGGCUAAGCAUGCUGUGUCUGAGGGUACUAAGGCUGUUACUAAGUUUACUAGCUCUUAAAUUAGGGUUUUUAAUUAUUUGGGUUUUAGGUAUUUAGUCUUUUGAAUUAUUGCAAUUGAUGUUGGAUUUAUAUGGAAUUGGUGUAUAGUUUUGCUUUGACAUCAAUGAAAUUAUAACAUUUUGCUAUUAA